AAAGGCAGUGGGAGGGCCCUUACUGGUGUAAAUAAAUAGGAGUCUCUGGUACUGCAAACCCACAGCCUGGACUCAGAGCUCAAGUCUGAACUCUACCUCCAGACAGAAUGAAUUUCAUCUUGGCAUCUCUGCUUCUCAUGCUGCUGAUCAGCAGCCUUUCCCCAGUUCAAGGUAUUCUGGAGGUCCAUAACACAAACUUGAGGUGUAAAUGUGUCCAAGAGACCUCAGCCUUUAUCCCCCUAACCCUCAUUGAUCGAAUUCAAAUCUUGCCCCGUGGGCAUGGUUGUCCAAGGAAAGAAAUCAUAAUCUGGAAGAAGAACAAGUCAGUUGUGUGCCUGAACCCUCGAGCUGAAUGGAUACAAAAAAUAAUGAAAAACUUGAAAAAAAAAAAGGAUUCCAACUCUACCACUUCCAGUGUUUAAGAGAAGAUUCCCUGAUGGUGAUAUUUCCACUAAGAACAUCUGCAUUCUUCCCUUAUCCCUGCUCUGGAUUUUAGUUUUGUGCUUAGUUGAAUCGUUUCCAGGAAAAAGAACUUCCCCAUACAAAUGACCAUGAGACUAUAUGUAAAAAUAACCUUUAGAAACUGAUGGGGCAAACGUAAGCUUCUUUACUCACAGCAUUCUAUGUACUUGGAGUUUGCAUUCCUAUCCAUUGGGGAGGAAAGUUUAUUUGAAAAUAGUCAUUCAGUUGUAAAUAAUAUAGGUAAUUUUGAUAAAAAUACUUGUUGUUUAAUGUUAAAAAUUUCUUAGAAAAUAAAGCAAUGGGAAUUUAAGCCUCAAAUUUGAACAUGUGGCUUGAAUUAAGAAGAAAAUUAUGGCAUAUAUUUCAAUCAUUUUACAUGCUAAGAGAAUUAGGCUUCCAUAAGAGACUCAAAAAGCUGCCUGGGAGACGGAUGAACUUCAGUCUGUCAAAAGGCAAAGGAAUCCACGUUGUAGAUAUCCUCUGCUUAAAAACUCACUAUGGAAGAGAAUGAGGUCCUUUUACUUUUAAAGAGUUCCUUUAUAACAUUUACUGUCUCAGAUUAAUAGCAUUUGAAGAUCCCCAGACUUCAUAGAAUACUCAGGAAAAGCAUUUAAAGAGUGAUGUACACAUGUAUUCUUUUACACAUUUGCCUUUGACAAACUUCCUUUACUCAAAUCUUUUG